CUGAGAUAUCUACUAACAUUGUAACAAUGGAAGAAAACUGGCUUGCUUCUGACUGUCACCACGGCCUCAUUGUACUUAUUCCAAUGCUUUAAUCUUUUGCAUACUUCGUUGGAGCCGAGCCAACAGAAUUCAUUGCAGUAAUGGCUAUCAUGAAUGGGACGCGUCCGAUGCUCCGAUAUGUGUUUAUGGUAUUCAUACUUCUGGUAGCCUAUCAUUACAUCCCAUCCUCCCUACAAGAUCAAUAUAACGCCUAUACAAAUUCCGACGAAGAAUUGCGAACUGAACUUGAUUCAGAUCCCUCGAACACCACACAAGGGUUGGCGAAUGCUACCUUCGUCAUGCUUGUUCGAAACUCGGACUUGGAUGGUACCAUAAGCAGUGUCAGGGCUCUAGAAGAUCGGUUCAACUCCAAAUUUGGAUACCCUUAUGUCUUUCUGAACAACGAACCAUUCACAGACGAGUUCAAACGACGGGUCUCUGUUCUGAUACGCUCCGAGGUUGAGUUUGGCCUUAUACAGCAAGAACAUUGGUCACAGCCAGAUUGGAUUGACGAGGAAAAGGCUGAAAAAGCCCGAAAGAAAAUGGUAGCCCUCAAUAUCAAAUACGGAGGUAGUGUUGCUUACCGCAAUAUGUGCCGAUUCAACUCCGGGUUCUUUUACAGACAUGACCUGCUUCAAAAAUACAAAUGGUAUUGGCGCGUAGAGCCGAACGUAAAAUUCUACUGUGAUAUUAAUCAAGAUCCUUUCCGGUAUAUGGAAGAGAAUAACAAGAUUUACGGAUUCACAAUAACAGUGUACGAAAUUUCAGCAACCGUUCGGAGUCUCUGGCCAACUGUAACCGAUUUUAUUGAAAUGCAUCCAGAAUACAUCGCCGACGACAACGCCAUGGAAUUCAUUUCUGAUAAUAAUGGAAAGUCGUACAACCGAUGUCACUUCUGGAGUAACUUCGAAAUUGCCGACAUGGAUUUUUGGCGUGGAGAAGCGUACACUGCAUUCUUUGAACAUCUUGACUCUAAGGGUGGAUUCUAUUACGAGCGUUGGGGUGACGCGCCUGUUCACAGUAUUGCGGCGUCGUUGUUUCUCAAACGGGACCAGCUUCAUUUCUUUGAAGAGAUAGGAUAUCAGCACGACGAUUGGGGUCAUUGUCCCCUUUCGGACGGUAUAUGGGAGAAGGGAAGGUGUUCAUGCUCGCAGAAGGGCAGUUUUGACUACGAUCCGAGUUCCUGUAUGCCUCAUUGGGAAAAACUCAUGAGUAUUUAAGUCGAUUUGAACAUUAUGUACGUAUGUAGAUUGGUCUUUCACUAUGAAAAGUGAAGCCUCAAGCAUUACCUGGGAGUAUAAAAUAAACCCUACUGAUAGCGACU